CACACACACACAACAGCAGAGGUUGUGUUUCCAUAUUUUCACACAUGACGGAAAUACAUAAAGUCCGGAGAAGGCAUCAGUCGGCUCAGUCCUCACAGGUGGAAGAUGGAAACGGGUCAUGACCGGGAGGAGUUUUCUCUAAGUGGACUCGAACAACCGGCGCUGUUUUAGGACUCUGCUCUUUGGAUUAUGCUCUCCAUCCUGAUCUGUGGGUUUUACCGCCGAUCUUAGAUUAGAUUCAUUUGGACGCCGCUCUUUGCUGAAUGCAAACAUCGUCAUGUUUGUCAGAACAACCUUCCUCCUCUACUUUGUGCUGUCACUCUUGACGUUGACUUGUAGCAUGGAAAGUGAGAUUUGCUUUCCGAUAAGACUGGAUCACAGCGGCAGGAGGGAUUCUGACAACGACGUAGACACCAGUGAUAGAAAAUUAGCCAUAAAGUUAAAAGCUUUUCAGCAGGAAUUAGUCAUUGAUUUGCAGCAAGAUUCCAAUUUUAUUGCGCCUUCCUUCUCUAGCGAAGACGCGUUUUGGCUUCCUGGCGCCAGCGGCGACCUGAGCCGGUGUUUUUACGCAGGAUACGUAAACGGUGACCCAAACUCUUAUGCGGCUUUGAGUCUCUGCAAAGGAUUAAACGGUGCGUUUGGCUUUCAAGGCUGGGAAUAUUUCAUCAGCCCCGUGCGAAAUGACACCCGGGGCGCGCAGGCUGCGCACACCAUCCGGCGCAGAACCAGCCACAAUCUCAAGCGUAGCGCGACAUCUAGGUGCGCGGUGGACACCGAUUUGAGUCUCUCAGUUGCGCAAUCGCUGGAGAAAUACAAGCAGCUGAAGGACUACAACAAUGUAACAGAAACAAUGCUGCAGAAGAUGAAGAUGGGGAGAGCCAAAAGGUUCGCCUCGGUGCCCAGAUACGUGGAGACGCUCGUGGUGGCGGACGAGUCCAUGGCGCAGUUCCACGGAGAUGACCUGAAGCACUACCUCCUGACCCUGAUGUCGGUGGCAGCGAGGCUCUACAGGCACCCGACCAUUCUGAACUCCAUCAGCAUCACAGUCGUGAAGAUCAUGAUCAUAUCCGAAGAAGACAAAGGACCGAAGGUGUCUGGGAACGCGGCCAUGACGCUUCGGAACUUCUGCACCUGGCAGAAAAAGAUGAACAAAAACAACGACAAGCACCCUGACUACUGGGACACAGCCAUUCUUUUCACUAGACAGGAUCUUUGUGGAGCGUCGACCUGUGACACCCUUGGGAUGGCAGACGUUGGCACCAUGUGUGACCCGAAGAGAAGCUGCUCUGUGAUUGAAGAUGAUGGUCUGCCGUCCGCCUUCACCACUGCUCAUGAGCUUGGACACGUGUUCAACAUGCCACACGACAACGUGAAAGCUUGUGAGGAUGUGUUUGGGAAACUGCAGGAAAACCACAUGAUGUCUCCCACACUCAUUCAGAUCAAUCGCACCAGCCCCUGGUCGCCCUGCAGCGCCGCCAUCAUCACUGAGUUCCUGGAUGGAGGACACGGGGACUGUUUGCUCGACCAGCCCCAGAAAACCUUAGCUCUUUCUGAUACUUUGCCUGGAUCAUCUUACAGUCUCAACCGUCAGUGUGAGCUGGCCUUCGGAGAAGGCUCCAAGCCUUGUCCUUUUAUGCAGCCACCAUGCAGUCGGCUGUGGUGCACGGGACAGUCCAGUGGGCACUUGGUGUGUAUGACUCGGCACUUCCCCUGGGCUGACGGGACGCAGUGUGGUGAUGGACAGGUCUGUGACCGCGGGAUCUGCUCCUCCAAAUACGUUCGACGUCUGAAGGUAGAUGGACGAUGGGGAAAGUGGGGUUUGUUUGGUUCCUGUUCUCGUUCCUGUGGAGGAGGUGUACAGCUAUCUAAAAGAGAAUGUAACAACCCAGUUCCAUCAAACGGGGGUAAAUACUGCCAAGGUGUUCGGGUCAAAUAUCGUUCCUGCAACUUGAAUCACUGCCCAGAGACAGCUUUGACUUAUCGUGAGGAGCAGUGUCAGACCUCUGGUAACAGCUUCACCAGCAAUCGCAUCACACACACCGUGGUGUGGGUACCAAAGUACUCUGGAGUCUCCCCGAACGACAGGUGCAAACUCAUCUGCAGGGCCAACGGCACCGGAUACUUCAACGUCCUGGCACCCAAGGUCGUGGAUGGGACUCCAUGCUCACCAGAUUCCACUGGAGUUUGUGUCCAAGGAAAGUGCAUCAAGGCUGGAUGUGAUGGCAAAAUCGGCUCCACCAAAAAGUUUGAUAAAUGUGGAAUCUGUGGAGGUGACAACAAGGGAUGCAAGAAGGUGUCGGGCCUCUUCACUAAGCCUAUGCAUGGCUACAACUUUGUUGUCAUGUUGCCAGCUGGUGCAGCCAACAUAGACAUUCGCCAGCGAGGCUACAAGGGAAUGCUGAGUGAUGACAACUACUUGGCAGUGAAGAACAGCAAUGGCCAUUACCUGCUCAACGGGAAUUACAUUGUUUCAGCUGGAGAGAGGGACAUCCACGUAAAGAACAGCUUGCUGCGCUACAGCGGGACAACCGGCCUCUCAGAGACACUUCAGGCUGCAAAGCCCCUGGGAGAAGUCCUGACCGUUGAGGUGCUCUGUGCAGGCAAACUGACCCCUCCUCGAAUCCGUUACUCCUUCUACCUGCACCGUCAAACCAAGGAAGACAAAACUCUGAAGAAAGAGGAACGUGCAACUUCCCAGAACAGUGUUCUGGUAAAAGAGGGCGGCACUGAAAAAGGAGGAGACACCUUGAAGAGCUCCUACAACAAGGAGGAUUCGGCUCCUGGGAAAUGGAUCUCCACACCUUGGGAAAAGUGCUCAGUGUCUUGCGGGCGUGGUUUCCAGAGAAGGAUGGUGGAGUGUCUAAGACCAGAUGGGAAGCCGGGGCUGGACUGUGAUUCUUCACAAAGACCCUCGGUCAUUAGAGUUUGUGAGGACACUUGUCCUGAGUGGCAUAUUGGGCAGUGGACGCCUUGUUCCAGAACCUGUGGGAAGGGCUUCAAGCGACGACCUCUGCACUGCAAAAACCAGAUGGGGGAUCUUCUCACACGGGAUCUCUGCAGUGGACUUCGUAAACCACAGGAGCUGGACUUCUGUAAUGUAAGGCCUUGUUAACGACCUGAAACUGUAAACUUUAUGUUUUCAAAGGACACAACCGAACCCUCCUUUUUCAUAAAUAUUGUUCUACGCCAUCGCCGCUGGACUGUUUAAGGACAAUGAUGGACAUUGCUUGAAAUCUUAAAGGUGCAGUAUGUAAGAAUAAAGUGAGAAUUGUGCAGUGAGAAAAUCCCAAAGAGUUUAAUGUUUCAGUCAUUGCGGAAGGAAGGUUACACUGAGACAUAUUUCAUAUCCAGCUGGCUGUGGGCAUUUUCAGUUUUUCUCCUUUCAAAACAAAGGAAGGAGGGACGUAACGACUGUUUACCAUCAGUGAGUGUGGGGGGUGCCGUGUCUCCUGUGAGCUAAUACUGCAGCGCCGGCACAAAGCUCCAGAGCUGUUUAAAGUAGUUGCAGUAACCACAUUCUACCACAGGAUGUCAUUUUUACUUCAUUUCUACAUAAUGCACCUUGAAUGUCAGAAUUUAUUUCAGCAUCAUGUUUCGAAAGAGCAGAAAGAGCUUGACGUUAGAAUAAAAACAAGCAUAAACAACAAUAAGUAAAGUUUCUUACAUGGAAAUCAGACUAAUGAAAUCAAAUAAAUGUAAGAAACAAAACAAAUCAACAUGAAAACAAGAAAAACAGGAAUUCUCGAGAGUCUUAAACUGAAGGAUGCAUUUAUAAACAGCUAAUCUACUUCGUUCUGGAAACUAUAUGAUGUUGUAAUAAGUUCACUGUCCAUGCCCCAGGAUCAUUGUCAGAAUAGAUCAGCUGACAAAAUGUUACUACAAUAGUUUUUGUAGCAGCUACCGUUCUCUCAGACUGACAACUGGCACCAUUGUAGGAGCGUCCCUGAAUAUUUUUGUUAAUUCAUAAAAGAAAUGUGAGCAAACUCUAACAUUUCUGCAGAUGCUCUGCAGCAACAAAUGUCUAUAUGCAAAAGCGAUCAGUUACCAUCAGUAAGUCAAGAUGAAAAAUACCAUUUUUGAUGCCUUUUGACAAUGGCGACCACGUUAAACAUGAUUUUCCUCCUGCAGCCAUGACAGAAAUAAAAGCAGAGCAGUUAUUAAUUAUGUUUGAAUACUUCAUCUGAGUCUGUGAGCCCGAUUUUGGGUUUGAAUCGAAACAUGACGUUUGCGUUCAUUAGGACCAGGUCCACUGUCACUGUGGGUUUGGUCCAGCAUUGAUCUUUAAACUAUAACUUUAGGACAUCAAUCAGUGUUUUUGUGCUCGUUUAAAAAAAAACAUCACUUGGUGUAUAAAAAGAAAUGAUUGGUGUCCUUUAUCUGAUGGACCAAAUGUUUGAGCAAUAAUUCAGAUCAACUUGUUUUUAAAUUCUGCUUUUGAAUUAUGCACGGUGCUUGCGCUGGGAAACAAAAAGAUUCAUUUAGUCAGGUGAAAUUUUAACAUGCUAACCAUUUUUAAUGAUUAUUUAUGACUGUAAUCAUUCACUCUGAGUGUUUCGUGCAGGCGGAACAUGAAAAUAGUCUCCUACACCUAUCUGCUGCAUUAACGUCUGAUAGAAAAAAGACAGUGAAAUUCCAGGACUAGAAAAGCCUGACAGAUCUGCGUCACACUAACAUUCACUCACCCAUCUUGACUCACGAUGGGGAAGGCUGUUGGUUUAGCAUCCAGGAAACAGCAGAGAUAGUCUCCGCUAGUAGAAGCUAACCGUUAGCAUUAGCAACUGCACCACACAGCAGAACUUCCCAAAGUUUGAGUUAUUUGUGGAAAUAAAACAUCAACGUUUCAGAGCAAACAGUGGUAAAGAUGCUUUGCUGUUAUCCAAUCAGAAGCGAGAUGUUUAAAUAUCAGGAAAUAAAACUCUAAAUCCUGUGGUGUUCAGCUCACUUCUAGUUCCUGAAACAAGUGCACCGGAGCCUAAUUAUCUAGUAGCUUUCAUUCCUACUAGAGACCACUGCAAAUGUAAAAGAAAUAUGAGUGAAGUAACUUAAUGAAAAGGUUCAAUCAGCUCUCAUCAAGGUUGUUCUGCAGAUUUUUAAAACAUGAUUAACAUCACACCCUAUCAUGCACGCUGUGUUUACUUUUAAAAUCUUGCAUCAACAUGUGAUGAAAACUUCACUGCAGCCACCACCUUGGUCUUAAUCGUUCAUCUUCACGCUUUGUAUUCUUCAGCCAGUUCUGAAGCCUCUUACGUCGAGCCUUUCUGGAACAGUUACUACAGAUAAUUUAUUAUCAGUGAAUCACUAGAGCCCAGAGGAAACAUGCCAUUCCAGAAUAUCUUUAUUCCUGCUGUCUCAAACUGAGCUGUUCUUUCCAUAGUCUUGAUGUAAUGCUGGUAUCCAUUAUCUGCUUGUUUCUGAGAGGCCACAUUAAACAGUUCAGCCCAGAUGGAUCAGUCAUUAGUUCAAAUAGUAUAAGUUUUAUUUUUUUAAAUCAGAUUUUGCAAUUUGUACAGCAAAAGAAAACAAUGACUCAUGAGUUGUACUGUAUACUAUGUAUACAUUUAUUCAGCUCUGUGCAAAAACAAAGUUAUUACUUUUUUACACAAAAAAUUGUAUUUGUCUUUGACUUCUGUAUAUUUAUUCCAAAAUAAAGCAAUUCCCUAAACAAA